GCUCACCCUGGUAUCGGGCUCAUCGGUCCGUUUGUUCCACUGCGGUUUCCUGACCCGAGGGAAUAUAGGAGAAGAAAGGGGCCGUCGAGGGGGAGGAGGUGGAGGUGGAGGAGCGAGUGUCCCUGUCUCUUAUACACAUCUAGAUGUGUAUAAGAGACAGGUACGCGGAUGUGCCAAUAGAGGAGGAGGAGAAGAAAGGGGCCGUCGAGGGGGAGGAGGUGGAGGUGGAGGAGCGAGUGUCCCGUGGGGCUGGGGAGAUUGGGAUGGUGGGUCAGGGGCUCACCCUGGUAUCGGGCUCAUCGGUCCGUUUGUUCCACUUUGAGCUGUCCACAUUAGCAGUUUUGGUUAAGACCCUUGAUAUGUUGGUUGCUCAAGCCUUACUCAGUGAUAGGACAACUGUUGAUGCCAUUGCAGGUGCAAGUGAUUCAAUAACUGUUGUUGCUGCAUCAUUUUAUCUUGCUGCGGUCGGUGCUGGUAUUGCGCGAGCUGUGCUUGUAGCAGUAAACGAAGUUGGGCCUCACAUUCUGUCCUCUGUAGGAUGUGUAGUUGAUGUUGUUGUUGUUGGGCGUGCGCUUGCGUUUGUUGUUGCAGAAUUUGAAGGUGCAAUUGUUGUUGCUGUAGGAGCUUCUGAUGCUGACUUUGUUGCCAUUGUGCAUGUUGCAGCACUAAUUUCUCCCGAGGUUGUUGCUGCUAUUGCUGGAGAAGUGUUUGCUAUUGUGGGUGUUGCGGGUGCUCUUGUGCAGCUUGGUCAUAGGGCAGGUGCUCUUGGCUGGACCUGCGAUGGUUGUCGAAAAGCCAGGUCGACGAGCUCGAGUGAUACUGUUGUAGUUGUGGCAAUUCCUUGUGGUCAGGCCGAGGUGUUUGAACUCCGAAAGGGUUGCGGUUGGUCUCACGCUGUAUAUCCAUCGUGUUUUGAUGUUCCAGGUAAGGUUGUUGUUGCCGUUGUUGUUGGCGUGGGUGUUGCUCUUGCUCGUUUUGCAUGAGGUCCAAUUGUUGAUGUUGUACUUGGUUUUAUAGCUGCUCAUAACU